AUGAAUGAGAAUAAUGUUAAUAAGAUCGACACAAAAGGACUUCAAAAUGAAAUUAUCUCAGAGUACUCAUUAAAUGAUGAAACCAUUAUACCCAUUUGCAUAAAAAACAUAUUAGAAUGUACACUUGAGGGGAAUAAUGCUGAGAGUGUACAAUUCUUAAAGCAUAAAAAUGAGGAAUUAAAUAAUUUCAUAGAAAAAAAUAUUCGAGAGGUUAUUUCCCCCGAGGAAAAGUAUGGUGACAAAUACAGAUCUGAAGAUGACAUGGAAUUCACAAUAUUAUCGAGGAAUAGCACUGGAGGUAAUAACAAGGACGUGAAUAAUUAUUGUGAAAACAUUUUGAAUAACAAUAGAGAAAUUCAUAAUUUGGAGACAAGUGCAAAUGAACACAUCAAGGUUCCCAAUACAUUUGGUACAUGUGGAGUAAAUGAAAAGAAGAGGAAUAAAACAAAAAGGCGUUAUAUUGAUGUUGAUCAGAUGAACUUUGAUUUUGAGAAGGAGGAUUUUGCAUGCAGUUCCAACGAUGAGUUCGUAAGACGCAAAUAUGCCGAUGUGGGCGAAUAUGCAAAUGAAUACACGAAUGAAUGCGAGAAUAAACACCUAAUCAUAAACAACAUUAACCUGAAGAGUGAAGCAAUUAGAAGCCUCCUUGAGCCACCCCCAAUACCGUUUAAUCAUUUCUUUCAGAAAUACAAUAAAGAAAUAAGCGAUGUAUAUAUAAAACAUAAAAAAAAAAAAAACAGUGAAGAUACGUUAAAUAUUUUUUUAGAAUCUCAACUUCUGUGCAUAGAAGAAGAUACAUUUAAAAAAGAAAAUAGUUUCAUAAAUAACAAUUUUGAUAACUUUAUUACGAAAAAAUUAAAUGUUGUAAAUUCUACUAAUGAGGACAAAAUAUAUAAAAACAAAGAUUUACAAGAACUGCUGAAGUAUCUUAUGUCAUGGUAUUUUUCUGGAUUUUAUUCAGGGAAAAUGUGUAAAUUAAAAGAGUUACAUGGAGAAUAG